GAAAAUCCAAGAGAAAAAAAAAAAGGUUCCUUUAUUUUUCCUUCAUUUGUUCAUAUAAUGAAUAUAUCACCUUCACAAUGUGGUAGUAGUGGUUGUGAGCCUGGUUGGACAUUUUACUUGGAUCAAUCCUCUUACUACUCACAAACUCAGCGUCCAAAUGAAGAAUAUGUAGGAAAAGGAGGUAUAUUCAUGGCUGACGAAGCUGCUGAGGUGGACUUAUCAAUGGUAUCUGAUGCAUCUUCUGGUCCAAAACGUUACUAUGAUGAUUAUGAUCAAUGCUCUGAACCAGUUAAGAAAAGAAGCAAAGCCAAAAAGAAAAUCAAAGAACAUGGUGUUGAUGAUGACACUGCAACCUCCCCUUUAACAAGUUUUUCCAAGAAGAGUAGCUGCAAGAAGUUGGACUUUUCACAAAGCUUCUCUGGUACAUGUUUUAAGGGUAAAUCAACAUUGCACUUGAAACCUGGAAACAAAGCAGGUACAAAAGAUUCAGGUGAUUUUCAAGAAAGAAACUGGGACUGACAAAAGGGUAGACUGUCACAGCUUUUGUCUCAAAGGGAUCUUGUUACUCCAUUUUCUAUUCUUGUUUCAUUUUCCUUUUUCCAAUUCUACUUAUUUAUCUGCUCCUGCAAAUGCAAUGGGAAACAACCCAUGGACAUUAAAAAUAAGUUAAGUUUCUGUCAUUGGGGGUGUAUAUAUAUUAUAUAUGCAUAUGUAUAUAUAUUUUAUCAAUGAUGACAUGAUAAGGUCACUUGUGAAAA